AUGGACGGGCCAGAUCAGAUUGGGCCGGAUUUCAGUCCAAAGCGGACUUUUCGUGAACGCAUACGUCGAACCGUCCAUGUCCUCACCACCAAGGAUGGUCUCAUUGGUGACUACGACUAUGCCUUCCUCUUCACCCCAAGGCUUCCUUUCAUGAAGAAGCAGAAGAGGUCUGCUCCAUUUUUUGGCCUCGAAGAUAAGAUUCCGGUAGCCCUGGCGCUGCUACUAGGAUUACAACAUGCACUAGCGAUGUUGGCUGGAGUGAUUACUCCUCCUAUCCUCUUAGGCGGGUCAGCCGGCGCCAACUUCGGUUCUGAAGAAUAUCAAUACCUUGUCUCGACAUCGCUAAUUGUGUCCGGGCUUCUCUCCGCCAUUCAGAUGUUCCGUUUUCAUGUCUACAGAACACGCUAUUACAUCGGCACAGGCUUGAUAUCAGUAGUGGGCACGUCAUUCGCUACAAUCACCGUUGCGACAGGGACAUUCUCACAGAUGUACUCUACCGGGUAUUGUCCCGUCGACGAGAACGGCACUCGACUUCCGUGCCCGAAAGGAUAUGGAGCGCUUUUAGCGACCUCAUGUCUAUGCUCCCUCCUAGAAAUCGGGCUCUCGUUCAUGAGCAGUAGGCUGCUUAAAACGCUUUUCCCGCCCCUGGUGACCGGCCCUACUGUGUUCUUGAUUGGGGCAAGUCUCAUCACCAAUGGAAUGAAAGACUGGGCUGGUGGUUCUGGAACUUGCGGCAGCAACCCAGGAGGCGGCUCUCUAUGCCCAAGCGCGGACGCUCCCCACGCCCUUCCUUGGGGCAGCGCCGAGUUCAUCGGCCUGGGCUUCCUAGUGUUUGUGACGAUCAUACUCUGCGAGCGAUUCGGAUCCCCAAUCAUGAAAUCUUGCGCCGUCAUUGUCGGCCUGCUAGUCGGUUGUAUCGUCGCAGCCGCCUGUGGCUACUUCGACCGCUCCGGUAUUGACGCAGCCCCCGUUGCGUCCUUUAUCUGGGUAAAAACAUUUCCACUUCACAUAUAUCCGCCACUCAUCCUCCCACUACUCGCCGUAUACAUGGUCAUAAUGAUGGAAUCCAUCGGAGAUAUCACAGCCACCUGCGACGUUUCACGCCUCCAAGUCGAAGGUGCAACCUUCGACUCGCGCAUCCAAGGCGGCGUCUUAGGAAAUGGCAUAACCUGCCUCAUCGCAGGCCUCUGCACAAUAACCCCCAUGUCCGUCUUCGCGCAGAACAACGGUGUCAUUGCCCUGACCCGCUGCGCAAACCGCAAAGCGGGCUACUGCUGCUGCUUCUUCCUCGUGGUCAUGGGCAUCUUCGCCAAAUUCGCCGCUGCCCUCGUAGCGAUUCCUUCUUCCGUCCUCGGCGGCAUGACAACCUUCCUCUUCUCCUCCGUCGCUAUCUCCGGUGUCCGCAUCAUGUGCAGCGUCGACUGGACGCGUCGGAACCGGUUCAUCCUCACCGCGUCAUUUGCAAUCGGUAUGGCGGCGACGCUGGUGCCGGAUUGGUUCUCGUAUGUCUUUACGUACCAAGGUGAUAACCAUGCUCUGCAGGGGUUGCUUCAGGCUGUCGAGUUGGUUAUGGCGAAUGGGUUCGCUGUUACGGGGUUCUUAGGGUUGAUCUUGAAUCUGCUUUUGCCAGAGGACGAGGAGGAUGAGGUUCCCGUUGUUGAGUCGGAUCCUGAAGUUGAGCUUAGAGCGGCGGCUGGGGCUGAGACCUCGUCGGGGCCUGAGGAUUUGAAGAAUUGA